AUUGCCCUACAAAAGCUUCCGUAGUUCGAGUCACAUGAAUGGUUUGUUGUGGUUGUGAUUGAAGGAAAUAUCACCCAUUUCACAACAUAGCAUACAUAUUACAGUGUUGUGGUUUUUGCAUACACUCGGGUAACAGUUAUAGGUUAUAUGCUAUAACGGAAACAAAAGCGUGAUUUAAAAAAAAAAAAGGACGACAUUUCUUCAAAAUAAAGCUGUUGCUGUUUACGCCAAUGACCGGUAUUAAAACAUGCUUCGGUGGAUUCUCGGUGGUCGGGAGGCUCAGAGCUCCGUGGAGAAAACCCCUGUGUUGUGCAUUGGAGAGGAACAGCCCAAAAACUGGUUCACUGAGCUGCAGGUGCUGAAAGGACAUUUUGACAUUGUUCGAUUUCUGGUGCAGAUUGAUGACUUCAGAUGUGCCUCUGCAGGGGAUGAUGGCCUUGUUUUGGUGUGGAAUGUUGAGACUGGAGAGAAACUGCUGGAGCUGAGGGGGCAUUCACAGCAAAUCACUGCCAUAACCACCUUCAAGUGCAGUAAUGGACUGACGACGCAUACAUCACUCAUCACCGCAUCUUCAGACCGAAGUCUCAGUUUGUGGGAUCCUGAUACAGGGAACAGGGUUCAGACCAUCUCUGAUCUUCAGUCAUCUGUAAAGUGUUUGCUGGUGCUUGAGCGGUUGUGUUUGUGGCUCUCUGGUGGAGAGGAGCUGUGUGUAUGGAACAAAGAAUUUCAGCUGCAGUGUCACCGACAGAACCACAGCGACACAGGAAUUACCGCUUUGAUUGAGCUGCCCAAGAACUGUGUCGCAGCUGCCAUGGAUAAAGAGAUCGUGAUCUACAGGCUGAUACUUUCUGCUGACUCCUCUGUUUCUGUGGCUGAGAUCCGCUGUCUGUCCGACCACCGGGACCAGAUUCGGGCUCUGAUAAACAUCAAUGACAAUCUGUUCGCCAGUGGGUCGCAUGUGGGCGAGCUCAUUCUGUGGGAUGCAGUGGAUUUGAACAUCCUGGCCUAUGAACACAUCCUGUGGGAGGAGUCACAGAGCUCCCCUCAUGCAGAAAUACGAAUGGGAGCCCCUAAACCCAGUGAGAUGUCUAUUCAGCAUUUAACCACCAAUGGAAAGCUCAUCCUGGCAGCUGUGGGCAGUGGUCUGUAUGUGUACAGUGUUGAGACCAAGACAGUGGUGGCCUACAGAAAAGUCGCCCAUGACUCAGAUGUUUUACACACCAUGUUGCUGUCUGACAGUGAGCUGAUGUCCUGCUCUGAGGACGGCAGUGUGAGGAUAUGGGAGAUCCAAGACCUGCCUCUACCUGCUGAACCCGCCUCUGCAGGGUUCUUUGGGAUGUGGACAUUUGGACGGUCAGGGAAACAGACCGGCCCUCCCUCAAAGAAGGUUAUGGACGUCCCUAACAUCAGGAUGCUGGAGUUGACAGGCGAUCUGAUUGGUCACUCAGGUGCAGUUCAGAUGUUUGUGAGCUUCAAGGAGAACGGCCUUGUGACCUGCUCCACUGACCACCUGCUGAUCCUGUGGAAGAACGGAGAAAGACAGUCCCACCUCCGCAGCCUUGCACUUUUUCAAAAACUGGAGGAGAACGGAGGACUCUGACCUCUGACCCCUGAGUUCAACAGCCUUUAAAAAUAGUCGUGUCUGGAUAUUGCUUAAUGUUUGUAUCAAACCACUUGAAUUCACUGUGAUGAUGGUUGUUUGCAUGUGAUAAUGAUGAUAUGAAGACUGGCUUGUUGCCUUUUUAACCCAGAGUAUUUAAUGUUUUUUUUUUUU